UUUCAAAAUAUUUUUCACGAUCCAACACGAUAUAAUAAUUGUGUCGCUACAUAAAUAUACAAUAUUUAAUAUAUAUGUCGAACAUAUUCUGAAUAGUAUUAAUUAAUUAUGUAUACAAAAAACUGUUACACUAUAAAUCACAUAACAUACUAUUUAUUUAUCGAUAACCAUUUUAUAAUGACAGCAUAAGGUUAGAAUGUCGCAAUGUGUUUUAAUUAAUAUCGGAGAUAUCGUUAUAAAUGAAUUUAGAUUCGUGUUACGUAAGGACUUCCAGCAGUGUUUAUCCAUCAUUCCAAGACAAGAUCGGAAAACUAUUUACGGUGAAACAUUUAAUCGAAAAAUUUGCAAAAAUGUGGGUUAUUUGUAUAGAUUCGUAGCUGUUCCAAUGCAUAGUACCGUAACGUCCAAAGUUUGUCACGUUGCCACGAUACUAAGCCGAAAACAAUUUGUUUCUAAACCGCGGUCAAGUUUUUUCCCAGUAUUUUAUUACACAACACAUUGUACUCAAACUUCCGUUUCUAUGGCUUUGGUAAGGUUUAAAGGACACGACGACCAUUACAACGGCGUAACUGUCGAUUCAAAUGAAGAAUCUUGCACCCCUGAUGUGUUUGCUAAACGUCUUACAGUUUCUUUACAAGAGUGGAUAAAAGACAAGAAACGCACAAUAUGGUUUCAUGUUUAUUUACCGCAUACUGAAUGGGUACCGAUACUUGUAAAGGAAGGAUUUAAAUUCCACCAUGCACGAGAAGAAUACGUUACACUGUAUCGGUGGUUAGUUACUGAUGAAGAAUGCAAUGUACCACAUUAUGCACAUACAAAUUUAGGUGUUGGAGCAUUUGUAUAUAAUGAGAAAACUAACGAGCUUUUAGUUAUUAAAGAAAAAUAUACAAAGAAAGCACCAUUCUGGAAAUUGCCAGGUGGUUAUGUAGAACCAGGCGAAGAUUUAGAGGUAGCUGUGAAAAGAGAGGUUUUAGAGGAAACUGGUAUUCAAACUACUUUUAAAUGUUUAAUAGGUUUCAGACACGCCCAUGACUUUGUAUUUGGUUGUUCUGAUAUAUAUAUAGUUUUCUAUUUGUCUCCUACUAAUGUUGACAUUAAAAAAUGUAAUAGAGAAAUUUCUGAAUGUAAAUGGAUGAAGUUCAAUGAUUACAUGGAACAUUCAGAAGUACAUGGAAAUAAUAAAUUAAUUGCAAAAAAAAUGAUGGAGUUCUGCAAGCACAGAAUGGGACUUACUGUAGAGUACGCAGUUCAUCCUAUUUUGAAAAAGCCUAUAUCUGUAUAUAGUAUAUCAAAAAUUGAUAAAGAACAAUCGUGUUCAUUAACAAAAUAAUCAGAUCAUAUAUUCAGACUUAAAUUGAAAUACAACAAGUUCUUGCAUUACACACUCUUAAAGUUAUUUAACUUUAAUUAAACUAAUGUUGCCAGCUUUGGAAUAAAUUAACUACAUACGUGAAUAACUUAUUGUAUAUAUAUUUAUAACUUGUAUGAAGUAUAAGGCAAUACAAAAUUGUAUUUAUUUUAGAAAAUAAAUAAAUAGAACUGAAAUAGGAGUUU